AUGCAUCAGCGAGGCAUUCAGCGUUACAAGAACGGCAAAUCGGGUGCCUACACCGAGGAGUACCACAAACUUCUUGGCAAAUCGGCGUGGAUUGUCGUGCGACGCCUUGAACACGCAGACGCGAAGAGCGCCGUCAGUCUCUCUGAGGGAGAUGUAGCAACCGUCUUCUCUCAGUUCGGUAACGUGGUGGAUGUGCGGUUCCUGCGACAUCGACGCACGGGGCGUUUCCUGGGCACGGCCUUCGUGAAGUUUGAGGAUUAUCGCAGCGCCAUACUCGCCGCGGACGAGAUGAAUUCCAACCACGAGAGCGGAAAAGAGGUGCGGUUAACGGCAGCAGGCGGGGCAGAUGCACGCGGGAUCGAGGUAGAACGAUGUGACGAGGCUGAAGUUGUUGCGGCACCCGAUGACGGAGAGUCAUACAUGGCGUGGGUCGCAAGUCUGGGGAUUGGAGAAAAGACAUUGACACACUGA